AGUGAGGUUAUCGUACGAUACCAUGCUACUAUUAGCACUUCAAACUUAUGAUAACGUUAUUUUGAAAGCGCCUGAUGUACCUUUUUUAUUCGAGAUCAAGUAGUUUAGAGAAAACACGUGAUUUAGAAUGCUGAUGAAUAACAAGAGUACAGACAGGCUAAAAUCUUAUUGUAGAUUAGAGUACAAAUCUUAGUGGAUCAAAACUUGUUUGUUUACAUUGUACUUCACUGUAAAACAACUUUCAUCGUCGUAGUACUUAGUGGCAUGGUUGAUUGAAUGAUUUUCUAAUUUUAUUUUAAAUACGGAAAGGGAUUUCGACGCGAUUUUUUUUCUUUGAGAUAAAUACUUGUUUAUUUUUUUCAUCAUGAUAAUGAGGGACAUUCUGAAGAUAGUUAUGUUUUUGUGCAUACUUAAACAGUCAUAUUCAGACAAUAUAUUUGAUGAAGCUUUCGAGCAAGACUUAGAAAGGUUUGUCGAGAAGACAAUGGAAUGCCGACACAUCCCUGGAUUGACACUAUCUGUUGUUAAAGAUUCAAAAAUUUGGGCUAAGGGUUACGGAACAGCCGACUUCUCGAAUGGACGUAUGGUUGACAACACUACACUGUUCGGUAUUGGUUCGGUUACCAAAUCAUUUACAAUGGUCCUUCUCGGUAUUCUACUGACAGAAAAGGGAUUAGAUUGGGAUACAAAAGUGCACGAUAUACUUGGAUCAGACUACGAAUUUAUAGACGAAUAUAGAAGCAAAGAAACAACACUCAGAGACUUGUUGUCACAUCGGACGGGACUGGCUCGUCUUGAUAUUGGUUUGUUUUCUGGUUUUCCAAAAAGUUUAUCAAGGGCACAGCUAAGUAUGAAGAUGAAGUAUUUACCUCAACUAUUGCCUUUUCGAGACAGAUUUCUCUACAAUAACUUCAUGUUUAUGUAUCUCGGACAUAUAGCAGAAAAAUUAGGUGAAGAUACCUGGGAAAAUCUUUUGAAAUCUAAGGUGUUAUUGCCUAUUGGAAUGACAUCCACUCAAGUACUCAAACAACCAGAGGAUGUGUUGAAAGAUAACGUUGCUAAACCAUAUAUAUUCAAUGAUAAUGAAUUUCAAAAUGGCACACUUGAUAUUUACAGCAUUUACCCGGCCGAGCCUGCCGGUGCAAUUUUAUCGACUGGAGAAGACAUGGCAAAAUAUCUCCGGUUUCACCUAAAAGACGGAACUACUGAAGAUGGAAAAACACUCCUGAAUCCCAUACUUCUCUUCGAGGCAUACACUGCAACUACCCCUACAGUGGACAAAAGUUUCUUAGAUAGUUACUAUCUUACUCGACCAGAAUUUCCAAUAUCAGAAACACCUCAAGGUUAUGGACAUGCUUGGUUUUCCGCUACAUACCGAGGAUACCGUAAGAUAUGGCAUAGUGGUGGACUCUUUUCGUAUAUCACGCAAGCAUGGUUUUUUCCCGACAUAAAUGCAGGAGUAUUUGCCAGUGUUAAUGGCCCAGCUUUAGCAGGCUUGCCCGGUUAUGCACUCCGUACAAUUAUGUAUUACAUAACUGACAAGCUAAUCGGUGAGGACCCGUGGCUAAACGAGACAACAACAUGUGAAUUUCCAGACCUUUGGCGUAAUAUAACUACAAAUUCAACAGCACCAGAACCGUUUGGAAAAUUAGAAAAUCCAUCAGAAUAUACUGGUAUUUACGGGAGUUAUUUCCUUCCUGCGCUGACUAUCUCAACAAAACCUGGUGACGAUUCUUCAUUGCUCAUUCAAAUGAAUAGGCUCGGAGGUGUCCUACAUUCAACGCAAGACAAAGAUAGGUUUUUGAUGGAAAUCACUUCUCCAUGGGAGUACAUGACAGCUUUUAUAGAUGGCAAUAACAAUACAGUGUUUGUCAAUUCAACAUUUAUAAGAAAUAAAGACGGUGAAGUGAGAAGCAUUGAGUUCAAGUAUGAAGUAAAAACUGUGUACACCAAAGAUAUCACAAUCUUUGACGACCAAGUUUCAGGCCAAGCUGCUGUUUUGAAGCUAGAUACAUAUUGCAUCAUUAAGAAGUUUAUUGUUUUGAUAGCUUUUUCAUUUGUGGUUGCCAAGAUAAAUCAACACUAAAAUUACACUACAAUUCUUAAAGAAAAAACAGCAGCAAUAAGUAUGUUACAAUUAACGCAGUAGUUAUCGAGAAAGUUUCUUUGAAUAUUAUUCAACUGACGUCUAUACAUGCUAAACAAAAGGAAUUAUCAAGACAAUACGAAAGGAAUCUCUCAAGACAGAAUACUUUUCUAUGGUAACUUUAUAUACAUUGGGAAUGUAAAAUACAUUUAUACACAUAUUUGAAACAUUUAGAAUGUAAAAUACAAUUCUAUCGAGUGUACAGAGAAUGUUUUGCAAAUGUAAACGCUUAAUAUCUUGACUCACUAUGAUUGUUUAACUAUUAUGCCGGCGGAGUACAUUGACAGAAACAAUACAAUCUUUGCUGGUCAAUUAUUAAGAUAUUCUUCUCUGUGUCCCUUGAUAUUGUGUGGGCGUGCGUGCGUGUUUGUGUUGGUAUAUAAAAGCAGAAA